AUGACCUUUGCAAAGGAAGUCAUUAUCGAAAGCAACUUCAACGAUCAGUCAUACUACGAAGCAGACAAUUUGAAAGACCUUUUUCAGACUAAGUCAAGCGUGCUACCUAAGUUCUGGGGAACACGAACAGAUCUGGCCAUGGAUAUCGCCACCAAAGAGUUGUUCACCAAACAAGGAGGAGACAGGUCUGAUGCUAAAAACGUCCUAAUCAUGUUUACAGAUGGGAGACCUGUCAAGACGAAGUGGGAUAAACGACCUGAUGUUCCGUUUGAGGAUUUCCUAAGGGCAUUAGAGAGUAAAGGUGUGAGCGUAAUUGUGGUAGCAGUCGGUCAAGAAGCAUUUCAAGAAAAAUCAACAAUGUCCAAGAUUGCUGGCGAGCCGAAGGGAGUAUUGCUUCUGUACCCUAAUUUUGAUGACCUCUCAGGACAUUUGGACGAUAUCGUCGAAGCUACUUGUGAAACACCUGUUCCUGAACCGGAAGAAACACCUGUUCCUGAACCGGAAGGUAAGUGUCUUGAUCAAAAGAUGGAUAUCGCCAUAGUGGGUGACGUUUCAAAAUGCAUAGACAAGCGGCAGCGAAGUAAGAAGACUGAACUGAUCAAUGAGCUGGUGGAAAGGAGAGGCGUUUCCUCAUCAGGAAAUCACUUUGCUCUCGUCACCUUUGCGAAGGAGGUCGUUAUCGAAAGCGACUUCAACGAUCAGUCAUACCACCAGGAGAACGAUUUGAAAGACCUUGUUCAGGAAAAAUUAAGGGUGAUACCUAAGUUCUGGGGAACACGAACAGAUCUGGCCAUGGAUCUCGUCGCGAGAGAGCUGUUCACCAAACAAGGAGGAGACAGACCUGAUGCUAAGAACUUUAUAGUCGUGUUUACAGAUGGAAAACCGUUUAAGUCGAAGUGGGAUAACCGACCUGAUAUAUCGUUUGAGGAUUCAUUAGAAAUUUUGAAGAGCAAAGGUGUGAGGAUAAUUGUCGUGGGAGAGAACGAUUUGAAAGACCUUGUUCAGGAAAAAUUAAGGGUGAUACCUAAGUUCUGGGGAACACGAACAGAUCUGGCCAUGGAUCUCGUCGCGAGAGAGCUGUUCACCAAACAAGGAGGAGACAGACCUGAUGCUAAGAACUUUAUAGUCGUGUUUACAGAUGGAAAACCGUUUAAGUCGAAGUGGGAUAACCGACCUGAUAUAUCGUUUGAGGAUUCAUUAGAAAUUUUGAAGAGCAAAGGUGUGAGGAUAAUUGUCGUGGGAGUAGGUAAAGACGUGUACAAAGAAGGCAAGGCAAUGUCAGAGAUUGCAGGCGAGAAUGGAAAAGUGCUACUGUACCCUGAUUUUGAUAACCUCUCUGGACAGUUGGACGAUAUUUUGAUAGCUACGUGUG